AUGGUGCUCGCUGCAGAGACGCCCGAUCGCGACUGCGAGAUAUACAUCCUCCCGAAAGGUCGGAACAUCAGGGUCCCAGCGACCCCGAACGGCAGUUUCCCGCUGGCCACCGUGGAUGGAUCAGUCGCCUCACUACCAGUGGGCCAAAGUGAAGAUGGAACCGAGGAUGUUGCGGAGGAAGUCAUGGAUGCAGCCGUCGAGGAUGCCCUGGACCAUCGAGCCCAUCCCCGAGACCCCCAAAGAUUCUGCGCGUCGUACUCCUCUCCUUCCUCCAAACCCGCCUGCAACAUCUCCAAGAGAUAUAGUAAGGAGGCGCACUCCGGGCUUGCUCAGCCGACUGUGAAAGAAGAAACCCCGAAGAAGAAACCGAAGGCGAUCGAAAUCUUCGACAAAGCGCUGGAUACAUUCUGCGACUGGCACGACAUGCACGGUUUGUACUUCCUGAGGAACAGGAAGAACCUGGGCGCCACCAAAUGGCUCAUCUGGGUGGUGGUCGAGUGCAGCUUCAUCUCGUGGGCCCUGUACCUGUGCUACUCGCCCUUCAUGAAUCUGAUCAACGGGAAGCACACGGUGUCGAUAGAUAUGGAUGGCGCUCUGUUGAAGAGGAGGCUCCUGCCGGACAUCACCAUUUGCCCGACGAAUCCCAUAAGGAAGGAUGCCGCUCAAGAAUUGGGAGUGGAUAUAGAGAUAUUGACAUACGCGAUGGGUGCCGUGAACCGAGGCGACGCCUUGUCCCAGAAAAUCCGAAUCGACGAAGUUCGCCGAGAUCGGUUGGAAGCGGAACUCAACGACAUUCUCGAACGCAACCAGACCACGAUACCGCACUUUCUCUUUGCAGCAUCGCUCAGGUACAGUGCCAGGAUGCUGGUGGUUCCCCUGCAGGUGCAUGCAGCUGACAUCAUCAGGUGCGAAGACAUGAUACUAUCGUGCGAGCUGGGAGGAGAGUCGCGAAUCCUUGAAGCGGAACAGUGCUGUGUGGAGAUCUUCAAAUCUCGACCGUUGACCUCGAUGGGCCCCUGCAUUUCCACCCAUGGAUACACCCGCUAUCAGAACUACCCUGGGGCUUCCAUGGGACUCAGCGUCGUGCUCCGGGUCUUCAGCUCUUCCUGGCUGGACAGGAACACUCUGUCAGGCGUGGCCCAUGCAGAUGGAUACAAGGUCAUCCUGACAGCCAGCUACGAGUCCCCCUCGCUUGCGCCCCGAAUAAGGGCGCAUUCCGUCAACCCGGGCAGGAAGACUCUUCUCGGUCUCCAAGUCGUCAGGGUGGAACAUUCGGGAAUGAACGUCUACCCGGUGAGGUCGAACGUCUGCGGCGACGUGGACGUGACGAUGGCUCCCAACAAAUCCGUUCACGACCUCAUGGACCACUAUCCCUAUUCCUGGAACUGUGUGGAGAGGAUCUUCCGGGAUGCGACCAUCAACUCGUCGUGCAAGUGCUACCCUGCCGACAUCAUAUCGUCCGAAGAGCUGAUGAACAUGACUAUACCCGUGUGCAGCCCCGAGACUUAUAUGUGGUGCAUUAGACAAGAAGUGGCGAGUGACCAGUUUGCGGAUCUCGUAUACGAAAGAGCGGAGAAGGAAUGCAAACCUCUAUGCACAGAAAGCUCCUAUGCGGCUAUGGUCACCAACGACCACUUGAACCCGACCUACGUGGAAAGCCUGACUAAGCAACUCGGAUACAACCUCACCCCAAGUGAAGAUGUGGCGAUGAUCGGAGUCCACUACAGCAUGUUGUCAGAACGCGUCAUCUCCUACUCGGCUUACGCCAUCAUCGACCUCAUCAGUAGCACGGGAGGCAUCCUCGGCCUCAUCUUCGGAGGCAGCUGCAUGACCGUCAUCCAGUUCAUCACCUUCAACGUUUGGCUGUCCCGCCGCUUCGUGAUGUGGGGGAACAAGCGGAUGCGAGAGUCCGAGACCAGAAAUCUCGUCCUGGCGUCGCUGGACGCAGCGAAGAUGUCUGGUGAAUCCAUCACCCCGUUCUAUCCCGAGAAUAAGAGGCGGAAGGGACUGACCACCCAGGACUGUUUGUUUGUCUAA